AUGUGCAAGAAACUUUUUUGUUCAAAGGCAUUCUUGAUGAGAUCCAAUAUGGGUUUAAAAGAUUUAAAUAUCGCUGUUGCAUGUGAGCAUACAUUCCAAUUGUUUAGCAUAUCUAACAGUCUUGGCAAAUAA